AUGGACAGCUCUAAUGAAUCGAUUUUUUCAGAGUAUAGGAAUUCAAGAAAUGCGUCACUUACUGCGAUACUGCUGCUGUCGGACCAGAAUAUAUCCGAUUCCCUGUUAAUGACCCAACUACCAUUCUUCCCAACAAAUCAAGAAGAUCCUUUGUUACUGUUCACUUGUGAGGAACUCAUUUCCGAUAAGUUUCCAACCACAAAAUUCCCCUUUGAUGGGUUUAUAAAUUUUCAUUCAUUAAAAAUAUGCAGCUCAAAUGCGAAACAGAUGUCCAAAUAUUUACAAUUGGCAAUGGGGUUCAAAGAAGUUGCUUAUAAAGGAUUGGAGAACAAUUCAAGGCUAGUUGCAUCCCAUGUGGUACAGAAUGGAUCAAUCUUUUUAGAGAUUGUUAAUACUUUAGAAACGAUAAAGAAUGAUAAUGUACUUAAAUUCCCUUAUUUCAAAGAUGAUUUAUUGCGGUUUGAAAAGUUUGAUUUGAGAAUGAAAACUUAUGUCGAAGAGUUUAAGAUAACCACCGAAGAUCUUGUAUUUGAUUAUGUCAACAAUAGAAUUGAGAAUUUAUGCACCAAUCCAAUUCUGUCUAUUCAUUUUGGUCGUAAUAUGUAUAACACAAUUAUCAAAAGCGAAAAGUAUCGAGAACUUGCUAAAUAUUUAAGUGAACUUGUUACCAAAACCAUCAAUGAUUCCGAAAUAAUAUACAACGAUAUUAUGGAAUGCACUUUGAUACAAAAAUUUUUGAAAAAACACGCAGAGGGAGUAAUGGAUAUCGUUGUUAACGUCAAGGGUCUCGAUGUAAUCUUUGCCAAAGCGGUGGAUGCAGGAGCAGGCAUAAUAAGGUUACCGAAAGUUCUUGUUGAUAAGCAUGGUGCUGUGAAACUAGCAACAAUCACUGUUCCCAAUACCGAUAUUCAACACACAUUGAUUGAGAAUAUAAACUAUACAGGACCUUUCCUACCUGGUUAUUCAGACUCAAUAUGGAAACAUUCUUUUGAUUACGAACAACAAUUGAGCCUGCUACCGCCCAUCAACUUAACUGUAAUAGACCAUUGUGUCGAAAAUUAUUCUUGGAACCAAAUGCUUUUACAAGCAAAAGUUUACGCUGAGAUGUUUGGUUUCCACAAGUUUUGGUCAGCAGAUGAAGAAGAUGUUUCCACUGGUUACACAGCACUUCGAUCUAUCGUCAUGAGCUCCAGCAACGGACAAAUUAAGGUCCCUAUUAAUGAGCCGGUGGAAUCCAAAUUUAAAGGGCAGAUUGAGGAAUUUAAUGACUUUUACGGGGGACCUGGUAUUCAGCAUAUCGCAUUUAGAACAAAUGAUAUAAUCAAAACUGUCAAAGCAAUGAUCCAAAGAGGAAUAGAAUUCAACCAUGCCAGUGAUAAGUAUUAUAACAAUCUAGAAUUGAGAUUGAAGAAAGACGACGUGGUUCUUUUUGAGGACUUUGAUGAAGUAAGACGUCACAAUAUUUUGGUUGACUAUGAUCCUCAAACCAGAAAUAAAAAAACAAAAAGAUGUCAUUACAUAUUGCAAAUUUUCUCACAACCUUUACAUGAUCGUCCGACGCUAUUUAUUGAAAUAAUACAACGGCAUCACCAUAACGGGUUUGGAAAGGGGACUUUUAAGGGGUUGUUUGAGACAAUUGAGGAGCAACAAAAGUUACGGGGUAAUUUUGUAGAAGUAAAUAGAGUUAGACCAUAG